AUGGCGGAUAAGGAAGGCUAUCUCGCAAAGCCGUCAGGCGAGUGCUGCUUAACGGGCUCUCUUCACGAGGGGGAACCCAGAGGCCGCACCGAGACAGUUGCCGGCAUUGAGACAUACAUCUCAACUCCUCAGGGCAAGAACAACGGUAACAUCGUGCUCUAUUUCCCUGACGUAUGGGGAUUCUUUAACAAUGGAUUCCUGGUUAUGGAUGGAUUUGCAGAUGCUGGCUACACGUGUAUAGGGUUGGAUUACUUCCGAGGAGACCCGGUGUGGAAGCACCGCAAGGGCCGCGAUGACCCUGCUCCAGGGUUUGAUUAUGAGGCGUGGAAGAAGAAGCACAUCGCAUACGCCGAUGAGGUGGUGCCGGGUUGGGUCGAGGCCGUCAAGGCUCAGUUUGGCUCACCGACGACAAAAUAUGCGUGCGUGGGGUACUGUUUUGGGGCCCCGUAUGUGUGCAACGAGUUGGCCAGAGACAUCUGCACUGCAGGCGCGUUUGCGCACCCUGCGUUCUUGAAGGAAUCCCAUUUCCGGCAGCUCAAAAAACCUCUGUUUCUGUCUUGCGCCGAGACUGACCACACAUUCGGGACUGACGCACGCAACGAUGCCAUCAAGAUCCUCCAGGAAGAGAAGAAACCGUACAAUUUGCAGCUGUUCUCUGGGGUGGAACAUGGGUUUGCGCUUCGCUGUAACUUGGACAAUCCCUAUGAACGCUAUGCUAAGGAAGAGAGCUUGAGAGCUAUUGCCCAGUGGUUUGAUUUCUGGCUGACACAGUAA